ACUCUAAAGCCGCUAUAAAUAAACAGGCCUAUACCUUUUCUUCUCACUGCAAAUCAUUUCUUCUAGCUCUGGUGAUUUCUUCAUACUUCUGUACUAUCUUUCAACUAUAGGAAUGGCAGAUGAGGUGGUUUUGCUAGAUUUCUGGCCAAGUCCUUUUGGGAUGAGGAUCAGAAUUGCACUUGCUGAAAAGGGUAUCAAAUAUGAGUACAAAGAAGAGGACUUGAGGAACAAGAGUCCUCUGCUCCUCCAAAUGAACCCGGUUCACAAGAAAAUCCCGGUUCUUAUCCACAAUGGAAAGUCCAUUUGUGAGUCUCUCAUUGCUGUUCAGUACAUUGAUGAGGUCUGGAAUGAUAGAUCUCCUUUGUUGCCUUCUGAUCCUUACCAGAGAGCACAGGCUAGAUUCUGGGCUGAUUUUGUUGACAAGAAGAUAUAUGAAAUUGGAAGGAAGCUUUGGACAACAAAAGGAGAAGAACAAGAAGCUGCCAAGAAGGACUUCAUAGAUGCCAUUAAAUUGUUGGAGGAACAGCUUGGAGACAAGACUUAUUUUGGAGGAGACAAGAUUGGCUUUGUGGAUUUAGCACUUGUUCCAUUCUACACUUGGUUUAAAGCUUAUGAGACUUUUGGCAACUUCACGACGGAGAGCGAGUGCCCCAAGUUUAUUGCUUGGGUCAAGAGGUGCAUGCAGAAAGAGAGUGUUUCCAAGUCUCUUCCUGAGCAGGACAAAGUCUAUGAUUUCAUUGUAGAGAUAAGAAAGAGGAUAGGCAUUGAGUAGAUUGGAGGCAUGAUAGUAAAGUACUUGUCUUUCGUUGUUUGUGUGCUUUUCACAUUUCAAAUAAAGUAUUAAGUAACCGAGGUAACUUCAUGCUUUGUUGCAUGAAUAUAUUGGUUUUGAAAUACUAAAGAUGUAUCUUUGAUGUGUGUGUGUUGGUCUUGUAAUCGAGUCUUUUCUGCAUUAUUAUAAAGUUCUAUUAUCAGUUGGUGUAGUCCACAAAACUAGACCUGUUGGUAUGCUUUACAUCAUGUAAUGAAGAAAAUUUAUACACUCUUCUAAGAGAUGAUUUCU